UUUGUUAUCAUUUUUGCUGAUAUGGUGGUUAAAAAAUUUAUUUUCUGAAAAGUUUUGUAAAGAAAUUAACUAAUUAAGUUUUUGUGGUUGUAUUUUAAUUAAAGAUGUCGAGCAAAGCUGGAAGCUUAGUUCGACCUCUACUUUCAUCAAAUAGGCAGGAAGCUAGACUUAAAGCAUUGCGGUUGUACAGACUGUGGUACAGAUAUAUUCCUUGGAUCAAACACAAUAUGAUGCACGGAUUACCAAUUACCCAACAAGAAAUGCGCGAGAAAUUGCGACAAGAAUUUUAUAAAAAUAAAGAUAUUACGGACGUUCGCGUCAUAGACAUGUUAAUUUUCCAUGGUCGAAACGAUUUGAGAGAAAUUGGAGAACUUUGGGCCCAGCCGUGUCACGUUAUGGGAGAACAUUUCAAAGAUACUGUUAAUCCGGUACCAACCAAGUUUCUGGAUAAAUUCUUUUCUAGCCCUGAUUAAAAUGUUUCAUUCUCGAGAAAUAGCGUUAUUAUUAGCAAUGUAAACCAAUGAACAUUAUCAUUAUAAUGUAAAACAUUUUUCGAUCCAAAUCGUACCACGUUUCGAAACUAGAAACAUAUUGCUUGAAAAUUGGUGGAUAUUAACCAUCUUUUGCACCUGUAUUCUUAACGCUGAAACAGCUUCAUUUCGUGAUUAGUAUAGUAGAAUCGAAAUUGUAAAAAAAUAUGUACCUAGUUGGUAACCUUCGAAUAUAAAUAUCUGAUAAUUGUAAAUAUAUUCGCAUUACAGUUAUUAUUACGUUA